CACACACACACACGGAACAGAAGUUGAACCAUACGUUGUAGAGUGUAACGGGACAGGCGUCGUGAAACUGGAGUUUUUUUGUGGGGUUUUCUUCGGUAUCUCUGCUGAAAGUGGAAAGCUGUCAGUAGUUAGAGGACCUCCCGUUUUGUAACAACCGACAGAAACGUUUCCACUCAAAAAAAUGGAGAUGUUUAAAUGAGUUUGGUGCCAUGCCGGUGGAGUAAACGGGAGAAGAAGGACGGACGGGGGAUUGGGACGAAGCUGAGAGGAAGUCAUCCCAUAGAGAGCAAACAGCGACUAACACUACUUACUCUCGGCACUCCGGAGUUAAUUUCAAGCUAACGACUGUUCAGUUUCGGGGGUUUUGAUGCAGCAGAGUUUGAGUCGAGAGGUUUUCUCCGCAAAUGACGUGGAAUAGCACGAUGAGCAGUGGCUACAGUAGCUUGGAGGAGGACUCCGAAGAGUACUUUUUCACGGCCAGGACCUCUUUCUUCAAAAAACCCUCCGGAAAAGUCACAGUGAGCAAGGAUGUGGAGAAGGAGAGAGAGCUGCGGACCGAGUUCAGCAGGGAGGAAAUCAGGCAGAGGAUCGAGCUGUACAACUCGGUGACCAAAGACCACCUCAAAAUGACACUCAAUGCCUCUGGUGUUUAUACUGGGUUCAUCAAAGUCCAGAUGGACCUGAGGAGGCCGGUGACGGUGCGAGGGGGCCAGAGAGGAGCAGGAGGCGCCGUGGUGGAGGAGGCCUUCUAUCUGCCCCGAGGAGUCAACAACACCCUGCACAUCAGCUCCAAUAACACAGUCCGACAGGUGAUCAUCGCCUUGCUGAACAAGUUCACAGUGGCGGACAACCCGGCCAAAUAUGCCCUGUACAAACGCUACCGCAGAGAGGAGCAGGUCUAUGUGUGCAAGCUGGCGGAUGGCGAGCAGCCGUUGUUCCUCCGUCUGGUGGCGGGACCCGACACCGACACGCUCAGCUUCGUGCUGAGAGAGCAACAGACGGGGGAAGUCAUGUGGGACGCGUUCUCCAUCCCCGAGCUGCGCAACUUCCUGCGGAUCCUCGACAAGGAGGAGGACGAGCAGAGGGAGGCGGUGAUUCGCCGCUACGAGGCCUACCGCCAGAGACUGCAGGAGGCGCUGCGGGAGGUCAGAGGGCCCUCCUAAAGGAUUAACCUCCUAAAAACAGGACUACUGCCCCCUAGAGGGACGGAGGAGGGACGAUCUCGAAACUCCUCAGAGGAUGAAAGUAGUGUAAAUUUUGAUGGAGAGAGGGAUGUGGACGCAGAAGGAGAGAAGAGGAUCCAGCGCCUGGAUGAAGGGAUGAAGAGGACAGAAACUGAGGGGACAGCAAGCGAUGGACAAGUGAAUAAAGGGAUGAACGGACAGUACUGGGAUGGAUGUUUGAUUCAGCCUGGAUUAAAGACUUCAAACUGCUGCCUGCGGUCCGUCUGCUCACACCAAAGAUUCACUUAACUUGUGCCAUAUUCACUUCGUCCUCCUCCUCUUCUCUCACUCUGUCCUGCUGUCACGUAAUUUAUACAGUUUGACUGAUUCCUCUUCGUCUCCCCCUUCCUGAAAAAGACUCAAGGCCAUAUGUUGAGUUAGAAUUUUAUUUAAUUUGUUUGUUUCAAAAGGUCUGUACAUAUUUUUUUUUCUUAAUUUAUAUGGGUGAAGCUUUUUAUCUUUUUUUUUUCUUUCUUGAAGCAGAAAAGUCUUAUUCGAGUUUAUUCUACAGAGGCGGAGCGCCGAUCUGGUUGUUGACACAGACACGGAGAAUAGUUUAUCCAGACUGAUAAUAAACACACAGCGAUCAUCAGAAACAGUCUUUGAAGCUGUAAUUACAAGACGGGAAUACAAGGUUAGUUAGAGAAUACACACAGAGUGACGACGUCUCGAGUGAUUUAGCCGGAGAGUUGAGAAAUAUUUCUGAAGUGAGAAAUGAAGAAGUAGCCUGCAUGUAUUAACGUACGGAGUCUCAAGUGGGCCAAUUUAAAAAAGUAUUUUCAUUUAUUUGUGUUACAUUAUAAUCUAAAAAUUACACAUUUAUUCUUUUAUUGUUAUGGCUUUUAAUAGAAUAUAAAGAAUGCAAAGUAAACAAUAAUAAAACGGACUUGGCUGCCACCACUAUGGCUAAUAUGUAAAAACUGAUACAUUAAAAAAUAUAAUUAUCGAUAAUAAAAAAUAAUUUAGUUUGCAACAUUUACAUUGUUCAGGUAUAAAACCUAUAAAAAUAUAAAUUAUAAUGAAGUUAUUAGUUUAUUUUAAGCAGCAUAUUGUGACAAAAUAACAAGAUAUUUGAAUUUUUUUCUGAGUUUUGUCAACGUAUUACAUUUACUUUGAUUUUUAUGCAUGAAUAUUCUGGAAAUGUAACUACACCAUUAAUAAUGUAUUAUUAUUAUUAUUAUUAUUUUUUUUACAUUUUAUUUAAAUUAUUGGCACACUUGAGACUCCAUAGAAUUGGCCUGAAACUGGAUGUCGAAGCUGAAAGUAAAGAGACGUGAGAAGAAGUUUUAUUACGUUUGUGUUUCAGGUUUAAUGUGACACAAACUUUACGCUUGUGAGGUAGAAAUGUAGUUUUGUUUGUGACAGCGAGUGAAGAUGAUGAUGAUGAAGAUGAUGAUGAACUGGUUGGAUUUAAAGCCGUUUGUUUGGCUGGGUAGUUUUGACCUUUGACCUCUGUGUCGGUCGGAGAGGAGAGGACUGAGAUGUGACCGGUUUCAGGAAGUUGACCGAGCAGUUUAGAGGAAGUAGACGAGUAACAUUAGACGGAGGAGGGAAGACGGGCGUAGAAGAUAGAGGGAGUAGUACACGAUAGUGGCUGUAACCUUGAGGACGGCGACGGGAUUUUCCCCCUCGUGCUUGUUUGCUUGUUGCGUUUAUGAAAGCUCCUAUAAUCCCACGGCUGAGAGAAGCGGGGAGGCCUGCGAGCGCCGAUAGCCUGCGGAGGACAGUGGGAGGGAAAAUGGCUGCAUUGUGUCGUUCUCCUGUCCGUCUGUCUGCAGGCAUUCAUUUAAAACGCAUGUGGGUUUGUUUUUUUUGUGCUCUUAUCUCAAGUUGAAACGUGCAGCCUUGACCUCGUUGUCAACUGUGAUUUCAGCAGUGGAGGAUAAAAGAGAGAAAAUAUAGGGAGGAAAGAAAGGAUGGUGGAGCAGAGAAGGAGAUAAAGCAAAGGAUGGAAGGAGAACAAUUUAAUGGAAGUGCAGAAGAAGGAAAAAGAGGAAUUUCUGUGAGGUGUCGCGAGUAAAUAGCUGCCUUAAAUAAAUAUGCAAUGUCUUCUUUGGUACAUGUAAUUCAUCAUAUACGGCUUAGAGACCAAAGAGGAUCGUUUAGUAGAAAAUCUUUGCUUUUUUUUUUUUUUUGAAUCUGCAGAUUCUCAGACGAGUAAAGUUAAAUAGAUGCAAAAACGCUUCUGAAUGAAGUCAAAGUGACGCUUGUACAGUACAAAGCCGCCAUCUAGUGGACAAAUACUGCAACUAUUCUCUCAUUUCUGUGUCAAAUCUAUAUCUUAAAUGUUUUUAUUUUAACUGUUUUUUGUUAUAACCAAAGAUAUUUUUGUGGUGUUGCCUGGAGCAAGAAGUAUAUUAGAGGCCUCUUCCCCUCCGGAGGGACAAACAUAUAUAGUUCAGAGUUUUAUUUAAAAGGGUUUUUUGACCCUGGUUUAUUUUACACUGGGUUAAAUCUGUGGAAGACAAAACAGGCCGUGAUGAUUUGAAUCUUACACGCAACUGAAUACCUGACAAUGACUUUUAAAGGGCCACUACACCAACUUUAUACAUGAAGUUCAGUUAACUGGUGAGAAUUACAACAAAAUAACCCUAAUGAUGUCACAAUGAUGUCAUCAAGUUCGGACUAGAGCCUCAAAAUUUUAUACAAAAAAAGCCUCGGAGGCAGGGAUGGUCUAAUGGAGGACAUGACUGAGUUGCAUUAUGGGAAAUGUAGGAUCCAGCAAUUUUGGAGCUUCACCCGUAAAAGGGAGUGAAAUGAAUCUGUCCCUCUUCGAGUGUAAGAAUAGUUAUUACUUAUAUAUUAAUAUUAACAUCUAACUAUGAAGACCAUCUUUAUUUUUUUCUUUGACAUUGUCAGUAACAAAUUUUAAGUUGUGCAACUGAUAAAACAUUGUUGUUUUUUAUUUGGGGGAUGUUUGCAAAUUCUAAUAAAUAAAAUCAAGUGCAUACAUUUAAAAACAAUAAGAAGAAUUUAUUCAAGUUGCUCCAAUUUAAUAGAUACUAAAUGAAGUCACCCAACUUGGUGAAAAACAUGAUAUUUUAAAGAUUCAAAUAACACAAAUGAGGUGUUCAGUUGUUCAGAGAUCUCAAACAUUUUGGCCCUUGUUUGCUUCCAUACUAUAUAAUUUAAAAUGAUACGGAAAAGUCUGCAUGGAAACAGUUAAUGAAUCUUAAAGCCAUGUUGUUGUUGUUGUUGUUGUCGUCGUUGUUUGUGUAUCAGAUAAACAACUUUUAGCUGUUUGAAACAGAACAAAACCAGACGAGUCGUAUCAAUUAAUUUUUUUUUUUUGGGCACUUUAACGUUGAAUUCAGGGACGACGGGUUUUUUAUUUUUUAUUUUUUCCUUUUUCUCUCCUGCAAUCUGCCGCCAUCACUCUCUCUACUUAAUCUUAACAUCUAAUUCACUAUAAUCUUACUUACAUGUUCCCUUUUUUUUUUUUAAACAUAUGGAAGUAAAGUGUGACGGAAGUGUUUUCAAAGCUCAUUUUAUUAUUUUUGGCCUCAACGAUCUUCUGUAAUGAUUUUUGAGUUAGCUGUAGACUGUGAAACGUCGCAUGUGUUCCUGUUUGUCUCUUCGUGUACAUCCAUGCUAACUGUACACAUCGCUGCGCUGUUCAACACUAAGGCACCGCCGAGCGUCGUAGAGGAAACGGCGGGUCGGGCAGCGUUUUGGAGAAUCUGUGGAGUCUAAAUGUUGUCGGUGAAAUCAAAUGUCAUUUAUUUCAAACACUGUCAGAUCUGCUGGUGAUGUAAAUUAGGGCUGGUUGAUCAAUGUAUCGAUCAUGAAAAAGCUUCUGGGCCAGUAGUGUUUAUGACUGAAGAGUUGAUCCACCGGGUGUGUAUUCAGACAUCUUGUUUUAAGGCUGAUUAAUCAAACUAGAGUCACAGAGCGCAAUCAGUUAGUUUAAGGUUCAUUUUUUCGCUUGUUGGUAGUUUAACAAAAAGUUUUAAAUGAUCCUAUUGGUCAUUAUUUCUUGUUUUAAUACUCGAUACAGGAAUAUUUGUUUAUUUUGAUCUAUGGUUUCAACAAUUUUAGAUUUAAAAACAAAAAAAAUCUGAUCAAGAAAAAAGUCUCACCACCUCCUCGCUGUUCGAAGCCUCUCUAGAGCUUUUGAUCAUAAAACAUGAACUUCAUCAGGAGUUUUCCUUUUUUUCUUAACACUUUCAAGGACUUUUCAUCUGACAGAUUUUAUUUUAUUUAUUUUUUUUAGAGCCAAUAAGGAUAUCGGUUAUUCAUAACCAAGGAGAUCAUUAUCAAAACUAUCUGCAAAGUACUGAACUUUUUGAUAUUAUUUUAAACAUUUCCAUUUUUUGCAUCUUUAUGUUUCCACUACGUUUGUGUCUAACUUUAGUUACUAGUUACACUGUAAAAUCUGAAACAUUGUGGUGAGAUUAUUUCCCCAAAUAUGAGCUUGAAUUUCUCAGCAGUUUCCGACUCUUAGGAUAAUUUUUCCUCAGUUUUGUGCGAUCUGUGUCUCGUGUUUGAACAGCCAGGAUCUGUCUUAUUAAAAGCCAAAGAUCUGUGUGUAGCUCUUCCGCCAUUUUAUCCAUAUUAUCUUUCCACUUCUGCUUCUUUUUGUUGUUGUUGUUGUUGUUGUUGUUGUACGCAGGAACUCGGAUGUUCUGCGAUUCAUCAGGUUCAUCCCACAUGAUGAGUUCCACGUUAAGCAUCUGAGCUCAGAAACACAAACUCUGUUGUUCUACACUUGAUUAAAAAAAAAAAA